GGGAAUACAAAGGCAGAGGUAUAUGCGGUUAGUGAGGCAUCAGAACGUUUGGGGAGAAAGAACGACAGGGAUUGCAACAGAGCGAGGCCUAACAGUCUGUGAGAGGAGGAAUAGAGAGGGAGGAAAACAAAAUGAUGCGUAUGAACAGAGAGGAGGAAACACAGAAAUGGGCACAAAAGGAGAGGAGAGAAACAGAAGGACCCAGGGAGACACAUACAGGGAACAAAGCACGUGGUGGUGGAGAAAGCGGGAACCCAAACCCAGAAUCAUCUUACCUGAAGAAUCUUAACAAGAAAUUCAGAGGAGGAGGAGGAAAGAAGAAGGAAUGGAGCUUUCACAGGGACUGUUUACGUUCAAGGAUGUGGCCAUCGAAUUCUCUCAGGAGGAGUGGGAAUGCCUGUACCCUGCUCAGAGGGCCUUGUACAGGGACGUGAUGCGGGAGACCUACAGGAAUCUGCUCUCCCUGAGUGAGGAUAACUUCUCUCUGGAAGUCGGAAGCCAUUCUGCUGGAUUUGCAAUCAAGGAAUUAUCACCAAGAGAGGACAUUACUAAAGGAGAAUUAUGCCGUCUAGUGACAUUAGAAAGAAGUAAAAGUCAUGGCAUCAAGGAUUUUGACCUCAAGGAAGUCUGUGCAGAUGUGCAGGAGUGUGAGAGUGAGUGGGGAUGUGAUGCAAGAGAUUAUGAAGAACUAGUUUUGACCCAUAACAAAAAUCUCAUUCACGGAGAAGAUCAAGAUACUAAAUCCUUAAUUAAUUUUCCUCAGAGUGUUUCUGUAAGAAGUAAUGCACGUGAAUAUUUCACGCACGACAAGCCAUCCAUAAGAAGUUUGUUAACAACGAAAAAUAACGCCAGCGUUGCUGGAAACAGAGAUCUCAAGUGUUUGGAAAGUAGACCUGGAGUGAGGCUGCAGGCCCAGGCGGCCCAGCUGCAGAGAUUUCCAGCUGAGGAGAAAGUGUAUGCAUGCGGUCAAGUUGAGGAGCCAGUCAGCAGUGGUUCCUCAGUUUCACCACUUCACAGAAUUGCUCCUCGUGUGGAAAACACUUUGUCACCUGCACAACACAGGAGAACACACACUCGAGAAAAAUCUUACAGCUGUAAUGACUGUGGGAAGGCUUUUAGCAAAAGCUCAAACCUCAGGAAUCACAGGAGAAUUCAUUCUGGACAGAAACCUUACAGAUGUAGUGAGUGUGGCAAAGCCUUUAACCACCAGUCACACCUCACAACACAUCAGAGAGUGCAUACAGGAGAGAAGCCUUACAAAUGUCAUGAGUGUGGCAAGGUCUUUAGUCGAAAUUCACACCUUGCGAAUCAUCAGAGAAUGCACACUGGGGAGAAACCUUACAAAUGUCAUGAGUGUGGCAAAGCCUUUACCCAGUUUUCACACCUUAGUAGACAUCAGAAAAUGCAUGCUGGAGAGAAACCACACAGAUGUUAUGAGUGUGGCAAGCAUUUUACGCAGCGUUCAAACCUUAUGGCGCACCAGAGAAUUCAUACAGGAGAAAAACCUUUUAAAUGUAAUAAAUGUGAUAAGGCUUUUAUUGAACGGUCACAACUUUGGGGUCAUGAGAGAACUCAUACUGGAGAGAAACUUUACAAAUGUGAUGAGUGUGGCAAAGCCCUUACAAGACAUUCAUAUCUUACUCAACAUAAAACAAUCCACACUGGAGAAAAACCUUACAAAUGUAAUGAGUGUGGCAAAGCUUAUACUCAAUUUGCAAGCCUCACCAGGCAUCUGAAAAUACAUACUGAAAAUGAACGUAAGCCUCACACAUGUGGCAGUGCUAUUAUUCAAAACCCAAAAGUUUAGGGAUCAUCCGAUUUCAUAGUAGAAAGAAACUUUAAAAAUAAAACGAUUCAGACAAAAUGUAUGCACGUAUUCAAGCCUUACUCAACAUAUGGGACUCUAUCAGGGAGAAAGAACACAUACAGAUGGCCAGCAGGCGCAUGAAAAGAUGCUCAGAAUCACUAAUCAUCAGGGAAAUGCAAAUCAAAAGCUCAACGAGAUAUCACCUCACACCUGUUUCCAAUGGCUGUCAUCAGAGAGACAAUAACAAGCGUUGGCAAUGGUGUGGAGGAACGGGAACCCUGUGCACUGUUGCUGGGAUUGUAAGUUGGUGCAGCAUUUAUGGAAAACAGUAUGGACGCUCCUCAGAAAUUAAAAAAAAACAAAACAACAACAAAAACCUGUUAUAUGAGCCAGGUAUUGCCCUUCUGGGUCUUUGCUGGAAGAAAAGGAAAACACUAAUUUGAGAAGAUACAGGCACUUGAAUAUUCAUUGUAGCAUUAUUUCCAGUAGCCAAGACAUGGAAGCAACCUAAGUGUCCAUCAAUAGAUGAAUACUUAGAGGAGAUACAGCGUGUGUGUGUGCAUGCACACACACACACACACACACACACGAAUAUUACUCAGCCAUAAAGAAAUCCAGCCAUUCACAACAACGUGGAUGGAUCUAGAAGGUAUUACGCUAAGUGAAAUAAGUCAGACAUAGAAAGACAAAUACUGCGGGAUCUACUUAUAUGUGGAAUCUAAGAAACAAAACCAAAAGAGAAUGAAAACAGAUUCACAGAUAUGAAGGACAAAUGUGUGGUUGUUGCCAGAAGGAGGGGCGGUGCGGCGGUGGGUAAAAUAGGUGAAGGGGAUUAAGACGUGCAAACCUCUGGGUAUUUAGAUAAGUCAUGGGGAUGUAAUAUCCAGCAUUAGGAACAUGUUCAAAAAUAUUGCAGUAACUGAGGACAGAUGGCUACACAUAUCGUUGUUAUCAUUUCAUAAAGUAAAUGUUACCUCGUGUGUAGUACAGCCAAAACGAACAAUGUUA